AUGACUACUUAUCUUGUGACGUGUGCCACAGGAAGGCAAGGCGGCGCGACAGUCAAGCACCUUCUGAAGGCAGGGGCCCAGGUCCAUGCCGUCGUUCGAAAUCCCGAGUCGUCAGUUGCCCAGAGUCUCCGGGAACAGGGGGUCGUUCUAUUCAAGGGCGAUAAUGACAAUGCUGGCGUAAUCACGAAAGCCGCCGAGGGAUGUCGCGGCGUAUUUCUCGUACCACAACACCAGGAUUCUGAUCACGACGCAGAAGUGCGCCAGAUCCGCACCAUUGUGCAGGCCAGCGUCGCAGCGGGUAUAGAGAACGUCGUAUUAUCGUCAGCUAUUGCCACAGGGGAUCGAGAGAAAUGGAAUGGGGAGGACCAGCGGAAGUUGGGACUGCCUGACUACUACGCGCCCAAGGCCGCUGCCGAGGCCGCCAUCAAGCAUCCCCUCAUUCAAUCGUGGACGAUCCUUCGCCCUAGUUGGUUCUAUGCCAACUAUCUCAUCCCUGCUGUUCACGACUACCAGCCGGGUUUGCGGGAGAGAGGCGAGUUGGUACACGCGCUGGAUGACGGUGUUCGCGUGGCGCACAUCGAUGUUGACGACAUUGGGAAGUUCGCCGCUGCGGCCCUUCUCGAUCCAAGUACAUACGGAUUUGAAACGAUUGAGCUCGGCAGCGAAAACCUGAGCCCUGAAGACGCGGCAAAUGCACUAAGCGAAGUUAGUGGUCUCGACAUCAAGGUCAGAAAAAGGUCUCCUGAAGAAAUCACAGAAGCGCAACACCGGGUUAGGUCCCAAAAGUUUCAAUUGUACGCGAACCGUUUUUCUCUCUCGUUGGAUUGCGAAGCAUUACGAGCAAAAUACGGACUGAGAUUGACGUCCUUCAAGGAGUAUCUACAAAGGGAGAAGGACCUAUUGUUAGCUACACUCAACUUUGGCCAUGAGCAAAAGGUUUUGGUAGAUUAA